CCACUAUUAGGUUGAAAGAGUUGGGUGUUGGUUGUCACAGUGAUAAUAUAUUGGAGUUGAAAGCACCCAUCUUUUCAUGUCUUAAUAAAUAUAUUGUUUCAUCAAACUUACACUCUACUACUACUACUUUUACUAGUACUAAAUUCACUCAUCAUCUCAUUUUUUUUUCCUUUCAUAUUUCUUUCUUGCUUUUCUCAUUUCUACCAUUUUCUAGAGAGAGAAAGAAAAAACAAACUAGAGAGGUAAAAAAAAAAAAGAUGGGUUCUUUAGGAAGUUAUGAAGGAGUUGAAGGUAAGAAAGCAAUGUGGUUAUAUCCAAAGAUAAUUGGUACAAAUCCUUCUGAAAGAUGGGGGCACACUUCUUGCUUCUUUAAGGGUCAUGUUUAUGUAUUUGGGGGAUGUUGUGGAGGUAUGCAUUACAGUGAUGUCCUAGUCCUAAACCUAGACACAGUCUCUUGGACCACCCUAGUAACCACCGGGCCGGGUCCGGGUCCAAGAGAUAGCCACACCGCGACCCUAUGGGGGAACAAGAUCAUAGUCUUUGGUGGCACAAAUGGUUCAAAAAAAGUCAAUGAUCUCCACAUUUUAGACCUUGACUCUAAAGAAUGGACUCAACCCACGUGUUCCGGGUCCUACCCUUCGGCCCGGGAAAGCCACACCGCCACCCUAGUGGGGGACGGUGGUCAAUUGGCCGUGUUUGGUGGGAGUGGUGAAGGUGUAGGGAAUUACUUGAAUGAUGUGCACUUUUUGGAUUUAAAGACUAUGAGUUGGUCUUCCCCUAUGGUGAAGGGUGAUUAUUCCCCUCCUCCUAGGGAUAGUCAUGUUAGUGUGGCGGUUGGGAGGAAGGUGUUCGUCUAUGGCGGGGAUUGUGGGGACCGUUACCAUGGUGACGUGGACGUGUUUGAUGUCGAUUCCUUGACGUGGUCUAGGUUGGAAGUUCUUGGACCGUCGCCUGGUAGGAGGGCAGGACAUGCUGCUAUUGGAAUUGGGACUAAGGUUUAUGUUGUAGGUGGAGUCGGAGACAAGAAAUACUACAACGAUACUUGGGUCCUCGACACAACGAUAAGUUCAUGGUCUAAACUCGAGAUUUGUGGUCAGCCACCUCAAGGGAGAUUUUCUCAUACAGCAAUUGUUACAGACUCUGACAUUGCCAUUUACGGAGGGUGUGGCGAAGACGAGCGGCCUUUAGGGGAACUCCUAAUACUACAACUCGGGGAAGACCAUCCAAACGGCCGCUACAACAUCUCAAUGUGUAAAAGCUUCGGAAAUCACAGGAAUCAACGAAGGAGAAGAAGUCCUCAGUCGCAUAAGACAAUUCUUUUAGGCAGUUGCAUAGAAACAGAAACGAACAACACAAAUGACCCAAAAACAACACACUCAAAGAGAACACGAACCAUGAACACAAACACAUUUGAGAAGGAAACAGAACAAGAAGAACAUUCACUUUCAUUGUCACAGAAUUCCUCCCCUUCUCAAUCUGAUCAAGAACAAACCACAACAACUGUCCAAAACCCGACAUCUUCCUCCAUUACAGUACCUCAAAGUUUCUCAUUCCCCUCCAUUAUGAACCAACUAAACAAACCACCAAGACAACAACAAACUCAACAAAGUCUUCCUGAUGUUUACAUCUUAGGGGAGCAUCGGCCUAACCAAAGACACGCACAUUUUUUACCGCCUCAUACAGUAAAAACUGAAGUGGAACUUUUGACAGCAGAGGGGAGACACCUUAACCAUAGUGUUACACAAAGCUUGAUUGGAGCUGAAGUGCAUGGGAAAGUGGAUGGUUCUUUCGAUUCUGGUUACCUUAUGACAGCAAAUGUUAAUGGCAGAAUGUUCAGAGGGGUUCUUUUUCCUCCUUGCAAUGUUCAGCAGGGACCAAACAUCUUGUAUAAAGGACCGAAUCGGACCCAAAACAACUUCGGUCAAAUUCCAUUUGCUCAGCAAUGUACAAACUCAAGCAGAGGAACCAGUUUUGUAAAGAGUUCACUCUUUAAGCCCGUAAAGAGCCCCGAUAUAGGACUCAACCGUGAUUUUGUUCAUGGGAGCUCGGACACCUCCUCGUCCAUUUUCCGAACACUACCGAGGAAGGAUCAAGAGUUACGAGACAGAAGUGAUCUCCAAGGUGUGGUUCUAACACUAGGAGGACCUGGAAGUAGUCAAUGAUAAGUGAUAACAACUUUGUAUAAAUGAUGGAGUAGUUGUUAUAUUAUUACCCUUUUGUGUUUUGUC